AUGCAGCCAGGAUUAUGGGUACUUGCACAUGUCAUUGAUGCUUGGACUGAUAUUUUGAACUACGAAGAAAAGCUUAAGUCAAAUUCUACAGCGAAUCGGUAUUUCUUUGAUACAUCAAUGGUGGUGUUUUUACCAGUUCAUAAAAAAAAUCACUUUUACAUCGUCUGCAUAAACUUAGAGGAACCAGCGGUUGAUGUCAUUAACAAUAGGAAUUCAGUUGCAAAGUUUUAUAGAGCUUAUAAUGAUGCACUUAAUGAAUUGAAAAUACUUUUUAGUAGGUACUUGAUGAGGGUCAAUAACAAAUCAGCUUCAACUUUGGAGGGUGUUGAACCAAAAAGGGUGAACAUGAAUUGGCGCACGAGGGAUAAUCAUGCUGACUAUUGA